AUGCGUGUAACUUCCAAAGACAUUGUGCAGAGGAUCGAUCGCCUGCAGAUUUUUAGCCGGUUUGCUGACUUAAACCACUUGCUGGUGCGGAGUCUUGUUCAUAGAACGACCCACGCAAAGCCAGCAGAAGGAGUGAUGUUGGAUGACAUCGGAUAUGGGCUGCGAGAAGUGAAGCCGCGGAUGGCUCUGCCAGCGGCCGAGUUGGUGGACUGCAUGGAAGAGGGCCUCCUGCAAGAUGCACGAGAGGUUCAUCAGUACGUCAUUGGCCUCUGCUGUGUGCUGGUUCUUCUCAUCACCUGUGCGGGUUCAGCCAUUUUCUCCCUGAAGCAGCCGUCGCUGGCGCCGGCCUCAACUUUGACAAGUCGAUACACACUGCGCUGCGUAAGACCUGCAGACUCGACACCUGGUGGUUCAGGAGCUUGUGUUUUUCUCCUUCUCGUCACUUCUAGUCUGUACGGUUUUGGGGCAGGUUAG